AUGAUUCGCGCCGCACGCGAUGCUCUUGAUAAAGCAACCCAGUACUCGAUAGAGCAAAUGAGAGAAGACAACCAUUGGUGUGGCGAGUUACGGUCCAAUGCAACUAUCACGGCCGAAUAUGUCUUCCUGCGACUGUCUCUUGGCCUGGAUCUCACCCAAGAGGCAAAGCCCCUCAUUCAAUGGCUUCUCUCGCAGCAGAAUCCAGAUGGCUCCUGGGGAAUUGCGCCCCACUAUCCCGGUGACAUCUCGACCUCGACCGAGGCGUACUUCGCUCUCAAAAUCCUCCGGUUCUCACCCGAGCACCCGGCGAUGCGCAAGGCCUGUGAGUAUAUCCGGAGUGUCGGGGGCGUGGCCAGAGUCCGCAUCUUCACUCGGUUCUAUUUGGCGAUGUUCGGGCUGUUCCCCUGGGACGCAGUGCCCGAACUGCCGGCGGAGCUCAUCUUCAUGCCCGCCUGGGCCCCGAUCAACAUCUACAAGUUCGCCUCGUGGGCACGCAGCACGAUCGUGCCCCUGCUGAUUGUGUCCCACCAUCGUCCGAUUUACCCUCUUCCUCCGGGGAGUGCAGCGGACGGUACAUAUUUGGAUGAGCUGUGGCUCGACCCUGGGGAUAAAUCGGUGCCAUACCAGCGGCCUGCGAGUAGCACUGGACUGAACUUGCUGGUGACUUUGUUCUUGGUUAUCGACCACGUGCUGCACUUCCUAAACGGACUUCGAUUCUUCCCCACUAGAGCUUACAGUCGUCGCAGCUGUAUCUCCUGGAUCCUCGACCAUCAAGAAGACUCCGGAGACUGGGCUGGCAUCUUCCCGCCUAUGCAUCUCGGCUUACUGGCCCUCACACUGGAGGGCUUUCAGCUCACCGAUGUACCCGUUGUCAAAGCACUGGAAUCUGUCGAGAGGUUUGCAUGGGAGGACCAGCAAGGCCGGCGCAUGCAAGCCUGCGUCUCCCCAACCUGGGACACAAUCCUCAUGUCCAUCGCCUUAUGUGAUGCCUUCCACCCCAAGGACAGUAAAAGACUACACCGCGCCAUCAAGUGGAUUCAGAAUCGCCAGCUCACGCAGCCCUACGGCGACUGGCAGGUCUACAGCCCCAAGACCAUCCCCGGAGGCUUCAGCUUCGAGUAUUUCAACACCUGGUACCCGGAUGUCGACGACACUGCGGCCGCGAUCAUCGCCUUCCUCAAGCACGGAACCGACCUCACGCACCACAAUGUCAUCCGAGCGGUGCUCUGGAUCCUGGGCAUGCAGAACAAAGACGGCGGUUGGGGCGCGUUCGACAUCAACAACGAUGCGCUCUUCCUGAACAAGAUCCCAUUCAGUGAUAUGGACAGUCUAUGCGAUCCGUCGUCGGCAGAUGUCACGGGACGGGUGCUGGAAGCGUUUGGUCUCUUGUUCCGGAGCCCAGUUGCGGAUUACGCGGGCUCAGACUUGCUGUCACAGAUGCGUACUGCAUCCGACCGUGCCAUCGAGUAUCUCGCGCAAACUCAGGAGGCGGAUGGAUCGUGGUACGGCCGUUGGGGAUGCAACUACAUCUACGGCACGAGUAAUGUCCUCUGUGGUCUAACGUAUUUCACCAAACAUAGCAGCCGCAUCCCCGCCUUGACAUCGCGAGCCGUGCAAUGGGUCCUGUCGAUUCAAAACUCAGACGGGGGUUGGGGCGAAAGCCUACAGACCUAUCGGUCCGGCAGUCGGGUCGGACUCGAUCAUUAUUCCACGGCGUCACAGACGGGGUGGGCCGUCAUGGCUUUGCUGCCGUAUCUGGCUCCGAGUGCCCCCGCUAUCGAACGAGGUGUUGGCUAUCUCAUUCAGACGCAAUCGAAGCAGGAAGGCAGUGGGAAAGGAGCAACGUGGGAGGAGAGCCGGUAUACUGGGACGGGAUUUCCGAACUUUUUCUAUCUUGGAUAUGCGCUCUAUGCACAUUACUUUCCGAUGAUGGCGCUGGGGAGGUAUGUACAGUUGGCAGGGACUCGAACUGUUGGAGUCUUGUCGGAAAAGGAGAUCUUUUGA